GCGCUGCAGGCGGGGGGGCUGGUGGCGCUGCCCACGGACACCAUCUACGGCGUCGCCUGCCUGGCCCAGGACUCGCGUGCCGUCCGCGCUGUCUACAGCCUGAAGGGCCGCGACGGCAGCAAGCCUCUCGCCAUCUGCCUGUCCUGCGUGGAGCACAUCUACAGGUACUGCCACGUCAACGUGCCAGAGGAGCUUCUACGGGACCUGCUCCCCGGACCCGUGACGCUGGUCCUGCAGCGCUCAGAUGGACUCAACAAGGACUUGAACCCAUUCACAUUGCUGGUCGGUGUUCGCAUUCCAAACCACACGUUCAUCAGGGAGCUGGCACAGGCUUGCCCAGGACCCCUGGCCUUAACGAGCGCUAACGUCAGCUCUCAGGCGAGCACGCUCACCGUCUCGGAAUUCCAAGACCUCUGGCCUCAGUUAUCCUUGGUCAUUGAUGGCGGUCCACUUGGAGACACUCAGAGUCCAGAAUGUCGUCUGGGAUCAACAGUGGUUGAUUUGUCUGUGUCUGGGAAAUACACUAUUAUUCGGCCAGGCUGUGCUCUGGCUCCUACAGUCGAAAUCCUGAAGCAGAAGUACGGCUUGACGUCGGAACCUUCUUGAGAAACUGAACUCUGCCGGAGCCCUGCAGGGUCGGGAAAGCUGGGCACCGUGUGCCUGUGUCUUCAGGAGUCCAGUGUCAUGGCCUUGUUUAAUAAGGCCCGUCAUCUUCCUGUCGGAACUCAUUACACAAGAAUGCCAGCCUGCAUGCUGGCACUUGGUCUGCUGUACUUUGGUAAGGAACCAAACUAGGGUUUGUGUCAUUUCCCUUGGACUAUUGUAAUAUCUCCAAGCACCCUUGUGCGGAUGGAUGUGUUUGCCCAAAUUGGAGAGACAUUUCAGCUUUGAAAUAAAAAGGAAAAAAAACCCUGAACGCAAGACUCACAAUGUGUCAAUGGGCUGUGACACUGACCAGAGCCUUGUUAGCAACAUCCCGUAGUUUUUCAAGGCUCUUCAUUUAGUUCCUAUGAAUAUCAGGACUGCACAGCUGCAUCUCCUCUGGUGUUGAAGCGGCUAAUCCUCCCCCGUUCAGAUCUCUUGUAGAACCUUUUACUCUGCCAAGUUGCCAGGUAUCUGUGUCAAGCAAAGUGGGGGGUUUUUAGACUGAAGCAGUGUCUCAGGAUGCCAUGUUUUGCAUAAAGUCUAGCCAAGCCCUGCUUUUUCAAGUGGAGAUGAGCAGGACAAACUUUUGCUGCACUUUAUGCAUCAUAAGAAGAUCCAUUUUGGAAGGUACCUCUUUGAGCAAGAGUUAAUUCCUGUGCUGAGUUUCAGAAGUUUCCUGAGCUGCAGAUAUUAGACUCUAUCCCUUACGGACUGUUGGCUUCCUUUCUUAGAACAACUGCAGUCUGAACUCUAUCUGUAGGGCAGUGAACAAGCUCAGUGGAUUAAGAUGGAUGUAACAGGAACAGAAUAGGCAGCUUUCAUUCAUUAUUUAUAGUGGGAAUGCUAGGGUGCCAUUAAUCUGUUCUUGGGGGUAUUGCUUGUUAGCACCAUGGACCGAUCUUUCUAUUUAAUUUGGCUGUAAAUAGUUAUUUUUUAAGAUGCUCCAACUUCUGAAAUGAACUGUUUUGUGCAUAGGGGCUUGCUUCUGGCCAUUGGUGCCCUUUCAUUUUUUCUGGAGGCUAAUCUGGAUGCUGCUGUGCAGAGUAAUGCCCAAACCCCAGCAGCAAUGCCUACAGAGCCUAGAUGCUCUUUUGAGGCAAAGAAGUUCUUUACAGACUGGUUGACAGAAAAGGUUCAUUGUUUACCUCCCUGUCAAUGGAUGUGUUUGGCUGCUGUGCACGAAAUACAGUGACAAGACUAGAUUCUCUUACACUUCACUUGCAUGCUCUUUCCUGCCAGCCAAAUCAGCAGUUCUCAACUGCAGCAGCACUAUGUCAGCAUUGUUAGGUGUGCAGUCACGUACACGUGACUGGCAAGAUAAAUGGAUUUCCAGUAGGAACCCAGAGUGUCAGAAACAUUCUGACCUGUUGUGGGCUUUGAAGUUCUUUAAAACAGAAGAAUUGUUCUGUGUUUCUGUAGUCAGAGAACCAAGAACUCUAAGACCUUCCACUUUCUGAGGCAUGUCUGGUGUCUAAAACAGGUUGAGAACCACGGGAGCAGAUGAUGCUUUUGGUUUUUAAUCUUGACA